AUGUCUGCUUUUGCAUCACUCGUAGCGCGGAGAGGAAGAACGGCGACGUAUCGUUGGUGCAACUUCUGCCUCGCGCACCAAAGGCAAAACGAGUUUGAGCGGUAUUAUUCGUCUUCUGGGACGACGACGACGACGACGACGACGAUUCAGACGACGAAAAUACUCGCGACUUUACUCGAAGAUGCGAUUGCGGAUUCCAACAGGAAAGAGACAGAACAAGAGAUGAUACCAUCAUCAUCGCAGGAAGAUAACCAAAAGAUCGUGGACCGAACGCGCGUUCGCGCGAUUGCAGGGAAAGGCGGGAAAGGGUGCGCCUCGUUUCGGAAAGACGGCGGGUCGAGAGGACGGAGAGGUGCGGAUGGCGGGAACGGCGGGAACGGCGGCGACGUCGUGUUGAAAGCGGUUGGCCAGCGAGGGCCGAAGAGUUUAGGUCACGUGGGGAACUUGUUGAGAGCGGAAAACGGAGGAAACGGAGGGAAAGAGAGGAUGCAAGGGAAACGAGGGAAGACGAAGGUGAUGGAAGUGCCGGUUGGGACCGUGGUCUGGGAGGAAGAAGAGAGAGAAGAUGUUGUCGUCGAUGAUAACGUCGAGGUGACGAAAAAGAUGAUGGCGAAUUGGGGGUCCUCCGAGCCCGUGUGGGAUGAUAACGACGAUGACGACAACGAGGAUGGUGAUAAUCUCGAGAGAAGCGACGACGGAGAACACGACGACGAUGAAUUAGAAAUAGAGUACAUAAGAACCGCGCAUUUACGUCCGAGAGGGUAUAAAUACGGCAUUUGGCGAGUGCUCGCGGAUUUGUCAACACACGAGGACGAGUUUAAGCUCGCAAUAGGAGGCAGAGGCGGGAAAGGGAACGCGAAUUUUCCAGUCGGAAAAACAGCCGGAGAGUACGAUCCCGGCGAACCAGGGACCGAGAGAAGAGUGGUUUUAGAGUUGAAAACAGUCGCGGACGUCGGGUUUAUUGGGUUUCCAAACGCCGGGAAAUCCACGAUGUUAACGGCGCUGACCAACGCGAAACCAAAAAUCGCGCCGUACGCGUUUACGACGUUGACCCCACAAUUUGGUGCUCGCGAAAUUGAUUUAGAUAAAGAGAUGGAAACGAAAGUGAGCUUGACGUUUGCCGAUGUACCCGGUUUACUUCCGGGCGCGCACAGGAACAGAGGCUUAGGUCACGAUUUUUUGCGACACGUGGAGAGGUGUCGAGUGCACGCCUACAUCGUCGACGCGACUGGUGGUGAUGGAAAGAAUAAACGCGCGACGACGGGUAAUACAGAACAAGACGAUGCAAAUGAAAGUCUACCUGAAAAUAGCAAAGAAACCAAUAAGCUGCCCCACGAAGCCUUGAUUGAUUUAGUCAACGAGUUGGAAACCUACAAACCAGACAUAACGAAAACGACGCCGGCGAUUGUCGUGGUGAACAAAAUGGACUUGUUAUUGUUCAACAGUAGCGAAGAUGAUGGCAAUAACGCUAGAGAAGGAGCUUCUUUCGCCGAAGCGAUUAAGAAGACAAUCUCUGCGUCGAUUACGAAAGCGAUCGGAUCGUUAGGAAAAGAUGCGUCUUUGUGGGAAAUUGUGUUCGCUUCCGGUAAAACCGGGGAAAACGUGGACGAGUGCCAGUAG